AUGCGCUACGAGUACUCGAGCAUGACCGGCAAGCGCAAGGCGCUGCUGAUUGGCAUCAACUAUGCGGGCACCAGCAGUGCGCUGCGCGGCUGCUGGAACGACGUGCACAACAUGGCGCGCUUUAUCCAACACCAGGGCGGCUACCACCCCGACGACAUGGUGAUCCUCACGGACGAGCCGACGCACAAUAUGCGUUCGCUUCCUACGCGCGAGAACAUCUGCCAGGCGAUGCACUGGCUCGUUUCGGGCGCGCAGCCGGGCGAUGCGCUCUUCUUCCACUACUCGGGACACGGCGGGCAGGAGCGCGCGGUCGAGGCCGACGAGGAGGACGGGUACAAUGAGACGAUCCUGCCGCUCGACUACCAGAUGAGCGGGCAGAUGCCGGACGACGAGCUGCACGCGCGCCUCGUGCGCCCGCUGCCCGUCGGCUGCCGUCUCACGGCGCUGUUCGACUCGUGCCACUCGGGUACGGCGCUGGAUCUGCCGUACGUGUAUGCGACGUCGGGCAACAUCAAAGAGACGAACAUCUCGAUGAAUGUCGGCAAGGGCCUGCUCGGCGCGGCGAUGGAGUAUGCGCGGGGCGACGUGGUCGGCAUGGUGAGCGGCCUCUUUAACACGGUCAAGAGCGCGACGACGAACCGCAACGCCGCCGAGUACACGCGUCAGACGCGCUCGAGCGGCGCCGACGUUGUCAUGCUCUCAGGGUGCAAGGACAGCCAGACGAGUGCGGACGCUAUGGAGGCGGGGCGCGCGACCGGCGCCAUGAGCUGGGCCUUUAUCAGUGUGCUCUCGCAGUGGCCGCAGCUGUCGUACGUCCAGCUGCUCAAUGCGACGCGCGACCUGCUCGCGGCCAAGUACUCGCAAAAGCCGCAGCUGAGCGCGUCGCACCCGAUCGACAUGAACCUGCUCUUUGUGAUUUAG